AUGCCUCAAGGAGAAGUAAAGAAGAAAGGCCCACAGAAUACUAAGAAUGCUCACAAAAUUUCUAAACAAAAGAAGAAUGUGAAGAAAGGAGCCCGUUAUUUUGCUCCUAGAAAAGCUGCUGCAGUCAAAGAUCAUUUGGCUAAUGAGGGUAUUACCAAGACCAUUAACACUCGGAACGAACGCAUGGCUGCUGGACUUGCCAGUCAGCAGUUGGGUACAUUGACAGUUACCAAAAGCUUGGGAGACGAUGCUCUCAAAGAAUUGAAAGAACAGAAGCGUUAA